CAACCAAAGCCAAGAGUCAAAGACCCACACAUCCCCAUCUUCAUUAGCUUUUUGGCUAGCUACGCACCCAGUUUGGGAAAUGGCUUUGGCACGUUUGGCUUUGAAGAAGCACUUUCACCAGAGGGUGCUUUCUCCAUCUUCUUCUCUCUCUGCUGCUAACUCUGUGUUAUUGGGUCGUGGUGGUAGUGAGAGGAGGUUGCUUGCUACAGACGCUGGCGAUAAGGUGACUCGUGAGAAAACAACCGACGACAAAGAUCUUAGCAUCUCGGAGGCUAAAGGUAGAUGGACCAAUUUGUUCCCUAACUGGAGCCGCAGUAGGGGAUUGUGGAGCAAUAGGGAUCGAGACUUUGUUCCUGCCCUUUCUGAUUUUUGUUUUUCCUCCUCAGGCCUUGAAAGAGCGUUGUUACAAGCAACCGGGAACAUAAGUAGGCUGUUUGAGAACCUAAACAUAUCACCAUGGUCAGUAUCCGGGCGUGUCAAAGAGCAAGACGACUGUUACAAAUUGCGGUUUGACAUGCCGGGACUUAACAAGGAGGAUGUGAAGAUUAGUGUUCAUCACGGAGUUCUGACAAUCAAGGGGGAGCAGAAGGACGAAGAGGGAGAAGAGACGGAGGACGAGUUUUGGUCAUCAAGGAGUUAUGGUUAUUAUCACACUAGUUUCGCGUUGCCUGAUGAUGCUAAAGUUGAUGAGAUAAAGGCAUCGUUGAGGGAUGGGGUGCUGUCUGUUACCAUUCCUAGAACUGAGAAGCCUGCGCAAGAUGUGAAGGAGGUCAAUGUACACUGAUGUUGAUUAAUAUGCCCUCCUGUUGGAUAUAAUAGAUUUUAACUUUUAUGUGUGAGUGUAUAUUUUGGCAAGUUGAGAAGGACGUCUUCUAUUGUGAAGAUGCCUUGUGUUUGAAGAUGAUCGAAGUGUCAUUUCUGUAAACAGUGGAGAAAAUAAAGAUUGAAAGUAUUAGGCAUGAAUUAGAAAGGGUUCUAAUCA